CCGCACCCACUCCCGAGUUGACGGAGAUCGGGUCGUUUGACUCCACGAAUAGACACCGUUCUUUGACAAGGCAGAUCGGACACUUCGAGGUAAGGUACGAGGUCUUGUGAUAGGAUGGAUGAUUUGGGCGAGGACUGGCCAUAUGAUGUCACUACAAUCUCGGCCCCCGAUGGAUCCAUCACCGCAAAGUUCGUCUCGUUUGGGGCCACACUGACAGAGCUAUGGGUAAAAGACAAGAACGGGGAGGCAGUAGAUGUGGUACCAGGAUACGAUGAUAACACCAUGCUGAUGAAGGAUCCUGGACAUCCUGUGUUCAACGCAAUUGUCGGAAGAUAUGCCAAUCGCCUCAGUAAUGGAACGUUCUCCGUUCCCAUAUCCGGAGAUUCCUCUACCGUGAUGGGUGCCGACGUUUACCAUAUCGCCACCAACGACGGUAGUGGGUCGUCUCUCCUAUCGUGCAUUUGUAUAUUCUCCGAGUCUUACUACAUUUUUUUACAGAAUACCCUCCAUGGCGGUCUAUAUGGCUGGGACCGUCGAAGCUGGACCAUCAUUGCGAAGACGGACACGAGUGUGACAUACUAUCACCUGGACAAGGGCGACGAAGGCUUUCCAGGGAACGUCUUUGCGUAUGUGACACACUCCGUCGCAUCUGGAGAGUUGAAGACAGAAAUUCUCGCACAGGCCACGGAGAAGACACCGAUCAUGCUCACACAGCACAUAUACUGGAAUCUAGAUGCAUGGCGUACGGACGCUGGAGACCCCAGUAGCGCUAAUAUCCUGGAUCACACCCUUCGCAUCAACGGUUCCCGCGUCCUUGAGGUUACUCCAAACGGUCUGCCUACCGGCGCUGUGACGGAUGUUGAAGCAUCUCCGUUCGAUUUUCGGACGGCUAUGAAAAUAGGAGCAAGAUGGGACGAGACGACGAACCUCGGCGGACCUGGAAAGCCAGGGUACAACCAUUGCUGGAUACACGAUGAGAAAGAGGACGAGUCAGCACUUGAUGUUUCACUAUGGAGCAGGUCAUCUGGCAUCCGACUGGACAUAAUCUCAGACAGCCCCGCCACCCAAUGUUACACCGGUAACUACCUUAACACACCACGCAAAACCGUCCACGGCGGCCCAAAAUUCAAGUAUUCACCGUAUUCAGCUGUUGCGAUCGAGCUGCAGGGGUGGGUUGACGCUAUCAAUCAUCCGGAGUGGGGCAUUGAUCAGUUUUAUGAGCCGGGAAAGGAUUUCAAGUGGUCUACGACGUAUAAGUUCUCGGUAUUGGAGGGUGGUUCAGAUGACGACUAAGUCGUGGUAGCAAUACUGUACGGUCAUACUAGAGCUCCCCGGGGUUUAUAGUUUCACACUAUUUAUAUAGUGACCGAUACAGUUCGGUCUCCUUUCC